GAAUUAAGAAUUUUCGGAGAUCUUGGGAUUGACAUGAUCAAAUCGAAGUUUAGAAGCUUGAAACUUAGAGGAACGUUUGCUGGGUAAGUAGGGUAGAUCGCGGGUGUUCAUUUCCCGCCAUAAUUACCCUUAAUCCUGCUAUUAUUGUAGGUAAAUACCUAGUAAUGUUGGUGACACUGCAGUCUGCUUCUUGAUUCUUCUUCCUCCUACCAUACCUUUCCCAUGUCCCCAAAAUAUCUUUACAACCUCCUCCCCGUCCACUCCCAAUUUUAGCCUGAUUCCAUUAUCCUUCCAAAUCGGUUCUCGAAAAAGUCAGCCCGUUUGGUAGAUAGUACAGUCGGAGGAUCUCCUAUCUACUAGACUGCAUCAAGUGCAAGCGUUAGGACAUCCACCGUGCCAAGAAAAUCCUAUCUCUCUCUAUCUCGGGUCGUAGUAGACCACUGAUAAUUUUUUGCGUCGAUUGUCACUCGUUAUUGUAUUCUGCGUCAGAGAAAGCAAAUUGAUUACAUUGUCGACGCCAGUCUAAUCAGCUUCUUGUUUGGAGUUCAGUCUUCUUUGUUUUUAUGCGACAUUCGAGAUAGUGGCGGUAUCGAGUUACGAGUUUACGAUUUGAAAUCAUGUUGACCACGUCGGAGAGGAAAACUUCGACGGCAUUCGUUACUUGGUCAAUGUUGUUGGUGGUGUUGUUGACGUCCUUCGUGAAAGAUGUUCACGCUGCCACUUCAGACGAUUGGAGAAGCCAAUCUAUAUAUCAAAUUAUCACGGAUCGAUUCGCAAGAACGGAUGGCUCGACUACCUAUGCGUGUAACAAUACAGCACAACUGUAUUGCGGUGGGACCUUUCAAGGAAUUAUCAACCAGCUAGAUUACAUCCAGGACAUGGGAUUUACGGCUAUCUGGAUUUCACCGGUUGUACAGAAUAUCAACGAAACAACGAAAUAUGGGCAAGGCUAUCAUGGAUUCUGGAGUCAAGAUAUCACUAAGAUCAACGAACAUUUUGGAACAGCAGAUGAUCUCAAGCUCUUGUCGUCGACCUUGCACGAUCGUGGCAUGUAUCUGAUGAUCGAUGCGGUUAUUAACGACAUGGCCUACGCUGGUAAAGGGAGCGCAGUCGAUUACUCUACUCUAGUUCCGUUCAACAAGAAAGAAUACUUCCAUCCUUUCUGUUAUAUUACCGAUUAUUCAAACGCAACAAACUUCCAGAACUGUUGGCUGGGAGACGAUACAGUUUCAUUGCCAGAUCUGGACACCGAAUCUGACUUUGUCAAGCAAACAUGGGAGACCUGGGUAACAGAAAUGGUCGCCAAUUAUUCACUUGACGGCCUUCGUAUCGAUGCCGCCAAACACGUCGACAAGCCUUUCUGGCCUGACUUCCAAAAAGCUGCUAAUGUAUUCACUAUCGGUGAGGUCUUUGACGAGCUGCCUACCAAUGCAUGCGAGUGGGCUGUCGAUGCUCUCUCUUCUGUCCUCAAUUAUCCUGCCUGGUAUUACAUCACGUCUAUUCUAUCAAACUCGACGAAUGGUAUGGGAAGUUUAAGCUACCAAUUCGAUCAAACCCAGCGAUACUGUUACGAUACUACACUUCUUGGUACUUUUAGUGAGAAUCAUGACGUUGCUCGUUUUGGAUCCUACACGAGUGACGUGUCUCAAAGGAAAAAUGCCCUCACAUUCGACUUUUUUACAGACGGUAUUCCUGUUGUAUAUUACGGAGCCGAGCAAGGCCUUGACGGUGAAAACGACCCUCAAAACCGUGGAGCUCUUUGGCUAAAUCCAACUGGGUAUGAUACUACCGCAGUUCUGUAUCAACAUAUAAAAACUAUGAAUACCGCGCGCAAUGCCGUCAACAAUUACAUGAUAGCCACCAAUUACUCUAAUUGGAGUCCUUACUGGGCAUACAAAGCCUCUGUCAUAAAACAGACAGACGACGUAUUGGUGUUUAGGAAAGGAUUGGUCCAUUCGAUCGUCACAGCUAUCACCAAUGUCGGUACCGAGGGAGCGGCUGUUGGACCUUACUACAUCGAAGACACCAAUUUUAGCGAAGGAAAUCUCCUCAUUGAAAUCUUGAGUUGUAAUAGCACUGUUGCAGGAUUCGGUGGAGCGUUCACCCUCACCUUGACGAAAGGAGAGCCACAGAUUUGGAUGCCAGGCUCCCUUUUGGUCAACACCACGCUCUGUCCAACUCCCAUGAAGGAUGUCAACAAAACACACCCCUCAUCCACCAGCAAAUCUCUAUCAUCUCACACAUCGCCAUCAUUAGGCCCAAUCUUUACCGCAUUUUUACUAUCGUCGCUGUUCUUCUUCUCUUAAUGACCCUUAUGUAAAGCAUUGGGUUGCGUUUUGGCGUUUGGGAUUGAGUUAUUGGGGAAAGGAAUAAUUGCAUGAUUGCAGGUAGUCUGUCACAUUGUAAGAUUGGAGAGAGAUUAAUUUAGCACGGGAUACGGGAAGGAGUAGUUGAUUCGGCGAUUGUUACGAAUGGUUGAACUUCAUGGUGGGCGAUUAGAAAGAACAUCGACCACACAAGGUGGCAUGAAUUAUCGGAGAAAUUCGAACUGUAUACAGACAUGGGAGAUGAACAUGUCGUUACAUAUUUCUUGUAUAUAUUUUAAAGAGGAGGACUAUAUUCAUUUGAAAAUACAAAGAAAGGGGUAUGUAUAGACGAAUCUUAAUACAAAUGCCACCAACCUUCCAAAUCC